GGUGACGAACAUGUCCCAUCAAAUAUGGAUGUAGACUUCAGCAAAGCAGAUUUUCUUUGCUGUCCACUUUUCGUUUUCCGCUGACGCAGAAUGUUUUUCUCAGUGCGAUCACCGAAUCAGUCGGAACCAGUGCAAGGCACAUGCCACAGACGAGUGUUCUUGGCUUGAAUGUAUCGUUCUGGAAACGAGAACGGUUUGGUGAUUGUGGACUGUUAACUGUCGCAUUGUUAAUUUUACCAAGCAAUGCAUACAUUAAGCAUCGACAUCUCGUUCGGGAUUUUGAUCUUAUCAUCUCUGCUGGAAUAUUUUUCUCAUUCAGUUAAUGCAAAGCGAAUAUCUGAUGGUCACAAUAUCCAGGGCAAGAGACCCGCGCGCCCUACAGGAUACAAGCCGUUUCCGGAUGCGAAUAUCACCGUGCCCAGAACAUUUUCCGGCAGUCGUUUGCGAACUAUGAAUGUCGACACCAGGUUCACCCGUUGGCCAAACAGGAACCAGAUACUGUUUUAUCUGGAUACAAAUUACACUGUUGCGGAACAGUACAUGAUCCGUCUUGCCGCGUGGAGAAUACAGAACGACCUCAGCGGCUGUGUGACAUUCGUGGAAACCAGUGCGACCGACACCCGCUUCAAGCUCCGUGUAACACCCAACGCUCAAGAUGGCACUCCGGAGCCGUACUGCAGUGCCUAUCCAGGAAUGGCUAUCGGUUUAUCUUCCGCUAGUGAGCAACGCCACGUCAUAGCCCGCGGAACGAAUGGCUGUUUGGAUUCGCAGCGCAGCGUCAUGAAAUACUGGGCUAUGAGUCUGGGUCGGCGAAAUGAACAUGAACGAGGAGAUCGUGACCUUUAUCUGACAAUGAAUAACAACAAUGUUGUUUUGCCGGCGGCAUACCGGCUCUAUGCCCCAAAUGAAGCUUUUUGGGGAGCACUACCCUACGAUUUCUGCAGCAUUACGCACAACCGCCUAACCGAUUUCGCCCAGCCGGGAACAGCCGCCUUUAUUUUCAAAACCGGACCACAAGCUACGCCUGUGAUCCCACAGUUAACCAAUACCGACUGUCGGCUAAUUACUGCCGGUUACGGUUGUGACGGAUCAUUUUGCCAAUCUUUUGACUGCGAUGCUGCGCGUCAGGCCGCUCUUGCCGGUACAACGCCUAUUCCUCCACCGACGUUCCCGCCGAUAACACCAGGAGUGACAACACCAAGCACUGUUACCACAACGCGCGUUACAACAUCGACGCCAACAACCACAACACCCACCACACCGACCACGCCCACCACCACAGCCACAACGACACCGACGACCACGCCCACUACGACAACGCGAACAACCACCACCACGACAACGACGACGACAACAGUCGCUGACUGUCCUUUAUCGACAUUUUGCAAUGCAGUCCCGGAUGAAUCAUCCAACCUGCUGGGACCGUUUGUGAAACCCACCGCAUACUUGCUGUUUUCCGGCAGUUGUGUGAUGGAAUACACGAUGGACUGGGAUGCCGGCAAAUUGAAUAUACAGUCCCAACCGGAGAAAAUCACCACGUACUUUCCGCCGCCCGGCGGACCGGGCAUGCCGGGCCCGGUGACACUGUCGUAUCUGACAAACGCCAACGCCGAGACCACCUACACCUCCUUUUUCCAAGAUCAAAGCGGGUCAAAAGUUAUGAAAUGUGUUUCGGAUCAGGGCAAAAAAGCCGAUUAUUUCACGUGUGCUAAUUCAGUGACCAGCAGCGGCAUCAUUCCCCCGGCAACCGCUACGAGCGCGUCCACGCAGUACACGAAUGGCGACGGACACAUGGCGAAUUAUGUAGUAAACGGUGCGCAAAAUGAAAUUAAGCUGAUUGACAGUCCGGACUUGACCCAACCGGAGUGUGAAACGUCGUCUGGUUUUCUCAACGGCCAGAAUAAGAUAACCAAGGUCACCGGCAUUCAGAUCAUCCAGGAUCUGGAAGGCUUCCAUAACCAGGUUUUGACCGUCUUUGGUAGCGGCGCCGACGGAAAGGCGUAUGUUGGUUUCUACGAUAUGCCUCUCGAUGGGUCAUGCAAUGUUCCGCUCAGCGGGACGUGGAAGGCGCCGGGACCACAACUUCUGUCCACCGCAAUCAAAGGCUGCUAAAAUGGUGCAAGCGCAAUACCCUCCACCUCGGCAAACACAUGGUCACCUCCUCAAAAGAGGCAAUCUUGUUAUAAACGAAAUAAUUAUACUGUUUUGACUAUAAGAAAAUACAAAAUAGAAAACCUUUGUUUCGCAUUCAAAAAGAGAAUCUCUGCUCAUGGCCGGAAAUGAACUCUCAAUAGAAAGAAAAGAAUCAGUUUUAAC